AUGGUCCCGGCUGUCCAAUCAACCUAUGGCCAAUAUUACAGCGCACAAUACAUCAAACUCCUCGGUGCCGCUGCUAAACGACUCGAUGUAUUGCAGCACGUCAAGUUCACAACCUGGGACGUCGUCUCUGGAAUCUAUCCUGAUCCCGCCAACGUAGAUGCGAUAUUGAUUACCGGUUCCAUUGCAGCGGCAUACGACACUGAUCUUUGGGUCCUCACACUUGGCACCUUUAUCGAAAGGGUUUACACGACCUACCCCAACGUCCGUAUCUUCGGAACGUGCUUCGGACAUCAGCUCAUCGGAAAAGUCCUUCUCGGCCCACAUGGCGCCGUCGUAGAAAAGGAUCCCAAGGGCUAUGAGUUCGGGGUCCAGACGAUCUCUCUGAACCAGAAACUCGUUGAAGACUUUCCUUGUCUAAGCGCACUUGGGCAAGCCGAAUCCGUAUCUGACUCGUUUUCGCGCAACCUGCGGCUCCAGAUGUGUCACGGCGAUCAUGUUGCUCUUCCGCAGUCCCCGGCAAAGCUCCCUGGGAGUUGGAUGAGUAUUGGAGGUACCACGCACUGCGAGGUCCAAGGCCUCUACGAGCCGUCGCGGGUCCUCACGAUUCAGCCCCAUUUCGAGUGCAACAAGACCAUCAUGGAAGAGACGAUCAAGUACUUUUACACACCAGAGAAGGGUUUCUCUCAGGAGUUUUUGCAGCAGGCGUUUGCGGAUACUAAGAAGGAAGACGAUGCCGCCGUUGCGGCAGAGUGGGUUUUAAGAUUCCUGGCGAACAUUUGA